GAUGUGACCUUGGCGACGCCAUCCAAGGUCAAACUGAUAAGAUAUAACUUCUCCAAAUUUAAACUUUCUAUCUAGUUUCGUUUAAAAGUUAAUUACGAGACUAUUGUCCCACUCUAUAUACAGGGUGUCAGAAAAUAUUUACUUAUGCUUUUGUGGGUUUGAUAGAGUAAAUCAAACUGAAAAGAAAAGUCUUUUACUAUUUUUAGCCAGAAACACUAAAAGCAGCCGCGGCGAGCGGCGCGCUGAAUCGAGUAGGAUAAGACAGCUAUUGCUACUUUUCUCUUUUUUUUAAAACGUGUUCUGUUUUGGUUACUUAAAAAACAUAAAUAAAAUAGAAAAAAAUUGCUUUAAAUACAAAAAACAAUAGUUUUUAUUCAAAAUAAAAAAAAUUUUUGCCAAUCUCGUUCUCAGUGAAAAACGCAGUUAAAUUGAAAGUUGUGGAACCAGGCAUAAGCUCCAUACUCGGAACGCACUCAUGGAGGCACUCGAGUGAUAUUUUCGAACACAUUCCUGAUCAGCUGUUCGCUAGGUGACAAAAUUGGCGGGAAACCGGCGAGCGGACUCACGAAGAAGCUAUCAUGGCACUGUCGAGAUCCUGGCGACAGGACGAAGCACGCAUCUACGAUCGAUCCAGAACACCAGGAUCAAGUAUCUCGUAUAGAUCCGUCUCGCCAAGUUGUCACCACUUUCCGCUGUUUGUUCCACCAUCACGAUGACGACACGUGCCGCUAGUCUCGGCAUAAAGAAGGUAUCUGAGGAAGCAGUGGGACUGCGUCGUUCACCGCGGAACUUGCCGCAGCAUCUAAAGGAAAAGUUGGAACAAUCAAAACCUGAAAGAGAGCCCGACAUACAAACUUUGCCUCAGAUUCUUUUCAAAGGUUGCAUUCAAUACGCUGAUAACUUUUCCGAUUGUGCCCGGAUUUGUGACGAUCUCAUACAAGAAGUGAAGCGCAACGAGAAAGAGAUCGUACCAAUAGGUUUCGAUCUGGAGUGGCCUUUCAGCUUUCAAACUGGUAGCGACAGAACGGCGCUGGUGCAGAUUUGUCUGGAGGAUAGUGUGUGUUAUCUCUUAUACGUUUACUCGCUGAGGAAGCUCCCGGCGGCAUUUGUCGAACUCUUGUGUCAUCCGAAAGUCAAGCUUGUUGGUGUUAAUAUUAAAAACGACGUGUGGAAGCUCGGGAGGGACUUCAAAGAGUUUCCUGCUCAGAAAGUGGUAGAGAAUAAUUGUCUGGACUGCGGAACUUACGCUAAUCGAGUCUUGAAGCGAUCUUGCCGUUGGAGUUUGGAAAAAUUGACUGCUUACUUGUUAAAGAAGAAAAUCAGCAAAGAUCCCUCAGUGCGAAUGAGUAAGUGGCACAUACAACCCUUAAGCGACGCCCAGAAAAGCUACGCAGCUACGGAUGCUUACGUAUCCCUUUUGCUUUAUACAACGCUCGAGGCGAAGGCCAUCGCUAUAGAAAAGGAAAAUCAAAAUGACGAAAACUUGCUGAAUCUUUUGAUUUAACGAAAUUGUUUUUCGCCUUUAAUGAACAUCCAAUUCACGUCACCAAAUAUCGUUAGAAUGCAUUCACGAG